GGAGGAAGGCCAGUUGGGGGGACCCCAGGAAGUGACCUCACUUCCCUGGCGACAGAGGCCAACGGAACUUGGAACCUGGGGAGCCGGGCACCUACUGGUCCAGUCCAGGAGAGGACGGAGGAGGGAUGGACUGGCUCUGCUGCAUCCCGCUCUCCCGAGGCCGAGGCCGAGGCCGCAGGCGUCGUCGCGGCAGAGAUGGCCUCUGCCAAGCCUGCAGAACCUGGAUGAGAACGCGAGGCGGACGCCUAUGGGCCGUUGCCCGCAGGGACCCAGAGAGUCCCCCACCUGAGACCCGCCAGGAACGGGGUGAGGAAGGCAGAAGGCCACCCGAGGAACCUCCACACAGACUGCUCCCCGGGGUCCUCUGCCGGGCUGGUGGGGAGCGCAGGAGCGCCAGCUGUGGCCAUGAAGACACCGUCCACACGAGCCUGACAACCCUGGAAGGCCUGGCCCCCCCUGAGGCCCAGCCUGAAGCAGGAGACCCGGAGCCAGAGGCCAAGACGCCAGCCGAGCGGAAAGACCCUGGAGCAGCCCCCAGAGGAGGUCCAAGACCACAGGAGGACUCAGCACCCGGGCAGGGAGGACCUGUAGCUCUUUCAGAGGGACACUCACGUCCUCGUGGGGACUCGCCCCCCGGGGAGGAUGAACCCUCUGCUCCUCUCCCAAGAGGCCCAGCUCCUCUUGAGGAGUCCCCCACCCGGGCAGGGUGGAACCAAGGCGCCUCCUGCAGCAGGACCAGGCCCCCAGGAAGACUCAACUCAUGGGCAGGAUCAACCUGCUGCUCCUCCUGA